AUGGUCUCAAGGGUAAAUUUUGGUUGACUUUUUACACAUGCAUUACUGCUUCAACGGUAUCCUUACUGUAUUUUUUUUAUUUUAUUCUUAUUAAGUUGAACAAUUUGCAGAGUAAAUUUUGGGCAAAUGGCGUUUGGUUCAACUCAGUGGAGCACUAUUAUCAAUUUACAAAGGUCAAGGAGUUGCUCAGCGAAAAGCUGGCCAAGUCGAUGAAGGCUGAAAAAGUGGACCCAGCUGAAAUGAGAAGGAGAACGAAGGCCUUCCUCAAAACACAUGGGAUACAACAAUGUAAGGUGGAUGAAUGGAAAGAUCGACGCGCUCCGGCCGUUCUUUUCGAUGCGAUUCAGGCCAAAUUCGAUCAGAAUGAGAGACUCAGGAGGAAGUUACUGGAGACUGGAACCAAAGUUCUGAUCAAUACGUUCAGUGGGGACAGGGUGUUCACUUCUGGGUCGUCGCCAGACGACUUCAACAGAUGGGUGUCUGAGCAGAAUGCCGUGAUACAAAUGCCCGAGAAUCUUCAAUGUUUUCGAAGUCGGGAUUUCCCGAUUAUCCACAAGGGACACAAUGUUUUGGGGUUUCUUUUAAUGGAGGUAUGUUGUCUUCUUCAUUACAACUUUUGUCGUUGAAGCUUCGUCAAAUUUAUCUCAAGGCGAUGACCUCCGUUCCUCCGCCUUCCUUCCAAGUUCCUACCAAUAGUUUCGCCCCUUCCUUUCAACCACCAGCAGGUCCUUCUUAUUUUGUACCUCAAUCACCUCCAAUGUCUUUCUCCUAUUGCCGAGGACUGUCCGGAAGCUACAGUUAUGGACAAGUUCCAUCGGUCUUGAACUCUCAGGCAUUCAGUCAACCUCCGCCAGCUCCUAGCUCCUUCAACCGGAGUUAUUAUUCGCGUCCAACAAAUCUGAAUUACAAUCGAUAG